AUGAUCCUUACGGCACAGAAAACUUUCGCCGUUGCAGUUGUGAUAGCUUCAUUAGCUGGUCCGCAAUGGUUGUUGACAGAAGAAAAAUUACCAAACCAUAACUAUAAUGGAACCGCAAAUUUCAAUGUUGCGGAUGAUGGAAUUUAUAUCACAAAGCACACAAAAUCAAGUCUUUGGAUAUUAUGUGCAUCACAAGGUUUAGAUUACUAUUGCUCGACAAUAGACUACUUUCCCAACGAGGAAUACAGUCCAGAUCCCAAUGACUCAACAAUGGCAAUUCCAUAUGCAAUAACUCGAUCGACACCAUUCUUCAUUGUAUCUGGGAUAGUUUUGCUUGUUAGCUACAUUGUUCUCAUAGUAGCAAUGUGUUCACAUCGACACAGUCUAUACUUUUUUACAUCCGGAAUUUUAUUUAUCAUUUCAGGACUGCUCAUGCUAAUUGGUUUGAUUGGAUUAAUUUCAACGUUCAAAGCUGAAAUUGGCUCAAAACUACGACCUCGAUCAUCCUUACAACCACCGAUGUUCACGUUUCGUUACGGACAGAGUUUCUUUCUUUACGUUAUCGGUUUUAUAUCAACCGAAUUUGUUGGAGUUCUGAAUGUUUUUCUGUACAUUAGUCUUCAGCAAAUUGGACGAGAAAAAAUGAUGACUUGCUUUCUUUACCCACGAACACCGGAAAAGAUUAAGGACUUGGAUGUAAAUACAAAACAAUUUAAUGGCGGGGGCAAUGGAAUUGGUAGUGCAAUGAAUUAUAAUUGCAAAAAACAUCCUGCACUACCCAACGGAUAUUAUUCACCAUUUACGCAAAGACGGUAUUACUUCGAGAAAUCGCAAAAUUGUGGCCUACCCUCAAAAAAUCUGGCCAAAAGUUUGAAUGAAUUGUACACCGAACCGGCGCCAAAAUUUUCGCCCUUCGAUUUGCCGAACGAAUUCCCUCUGACACGAAGUGUUUCCACCACCACCGACAUCUAUUCGAGCAAUUCAAAAUCGUGUACGAGCGACCGACCCAAUCAAAGAAAAUCAUCAUCGCGGGACAGUUUGAAUGAAAUGUGCGGCAUAACGAAGGGAAUUUUAAGUAGUGGCAAGCGAGCCAAGUCGAAAGACGAACUUUUCAGUGAAUUUUGUGAACGGGCUGGUAAUCGUCCAAAGCCCAAGGACAUUUAUCUAAUCGAAUACGAUCAGUUGGAGGAAGAUAAAAGCAUUUACAUAGUGGACAAUUACAAGAACAGGCGCAAUUCUUAUGUACCCUCAAACAUCCGUAAAUCGAAUCUAUUCAAUUCACACACCUCGCUGAAAGAUACAAACAAUAAAUCAUAUCCGAAAAGCUUCUUCGACCUGGAAAAUUGUGAUCGAAGGCAGUUGAACAAUUGCAUUGACAACAACAACUAUUUUCAACAAAACAACUCCAAUCGAAGUUUAUAUCAGAGCCGAACGCUACCAAGAGAUUUCCUGAAACGCAAUCUGGAAUUUGUGGAUGAUUUUGCGACGCGCCGGGUAUCAGCUAGUGGCGUUUACAUGCCGAAUAAGGAUCAACAGUAUCCUGACUACUACAAAAAAUCCUACGAUACUCUAGCUUCGAGGAAUAGUCGACAGAAGGACGCUUACUCUGGAGAGGACACAUUAUCCGUACAUUGGCCGAAUGCUAUACCAACCUCGCCAUCUAGUUUUUCGACGCGAUCACAAUUUCAAGCACGAUCGAGAAAUUUCUAUCCGCAAAUGUACUAUCAGGAAUCUCCUAGCGGUAGUGAGGAUUUCGGCACGUUCGAUUUGGACAAAAUCGAAAACGAUCGACGAAAGUCACACGCCAAUUUGUUUGAAAUUGAUUUUGAUUGUAAAAAUGGAACAGCGGUGUAGCAGGAACGUCAGUGUCCUGCGGCGUUAGUAAAGAAUUCCAAUGAAUGGAAAAUAAAAAUGGAAUAUCAGUACUGAAGAGGUUGCCGAUCGAUUUUUGAAAUAAUUUUUAUACGGAAAAUGGGUACAACUACGGCAAUAUUUAAUAAAUACAUUUAUACGUUAGACAAUUUUCUAAGUG